UAUGGAUUUACGCACAACCGUCAGUAAUCUUCAAGCGCUAGCAAAGGAAGAACAAGAUACAUCUCAGAAGAACCCAGUGCUUCAAACUUAUGUCAUGCAAAACAAAAAGUUUUCAAAGACAAUUCGUGAUGUAGAACGUUUGAAAUAAGCAAUAUGAUUCUCAAAGUGCUCUUAUCGCUAACCAGCAGAGAAUGAUAAACGAAUGAAUGACACUGGCAGCGUAUAAAACGCACUGAAAUCUCUUUGAGAGGGAAUUUGAAACUAAAGUCAAGGCGAUGAUGGAUACCUUUAGAGGUCAAGUUCUGAAGGAAAUUCCAGACCCUAAAGACAUAAAAGUUCUAGGUAAACCUCUUGAAGAAUACUUCACCCAAUACAACAGUAUUUCUGAAUAUGUCAACCGAGCUCGCUUAGACAUAUACGACCUAAAAAAGCAGAUGAAGUUCAAAGCUGAUGAGAAGGAACAGGUUCCUUCUGCAUCAGAGCUUGAACUUCUCAGGCUCGGAGAAAUCAAAGCUGAUAAAUCAGAGAUAGAAGGUUUACGCCAAGAAAUCGACAGGAUAGAACAUAUGCUAGUAGACCUUGACGAAGGCUAUGAUGACUCUUAUGACGAGUAUGAUGACGAAGAUAGCCAAAUAGAAGAUGUCAUCUCACUUGAUGAAGCCUGACUGUCUAAUCAUAAUAAGAAUGAUGAAGAUGAUGAAGAAAUGUUUGAUGAAUCUGUUCAUUCAAAUGAUCAGGACAAGGCAAUUGUAGAGAAAGCUAAAAAUUUGGCUAACAAAACUAUGCCUCUAGGAACAAAUUUUGAACCCUCCUCUAAGCUAGGAGAAAAAGACAAAGACGAGGAAAAAGAUGAUAACCAAGAAAAGGAAACAGCACAUAAAAUCAAAAUCGACUUAGCCCUAGAAGAAGAGAAAAAGCAACCUCCAAGGAAACAGAGUGAGAUGAUGAAAGAAAAAUCUCCAUUGCAUAAACAAGAAGGAAAGAAGUCUGAUCCCUCGAAUGCUUUUGAUUGAGCAGAGACAAAUCAUAGUCUUGGUCAUACUGUCAGUAAUUUCAGAAAGCAAUCUGCUAGGAAGGAUAAAAAUAAAAGCCAGGCAACUAUGAAAUCCCGAGGAGGCAGUAGAUUAAACAGAGGAGCUAGCAAACUCUCAAUAGCUACUCGUAGAAUGAGAGGAGGCAGAAGAGGAAACCCUCGUGAAACCAAUGAAUUGAAGCUAAACAUCAAGAAGCUUCAAGAGGAAGUCUAUAGACUCACUAAGUUCGAGAAUGAGUCUACCAGCACUUUCCGAAAGUUUGAGAAUACUCUGGUUGAUCUUAAAAAGAAGAACGAUCUGUUUGUCAGCCAACAUCAAAAGAUUCUGAAGAAGCAAGAAGAAAUGGAAAGCCAACAUUCUUCAGCACUCAAUAAUAUUGAGAAGGAAACUCUUAAGGUCAUCAAGAUACAUAGGGAUAUCAAGAAGCUCAUUUCGGAUUUUAAGGCCGAAUACAGAUAUGGGUUUAAGAAAAUAAUCAAAGCCGAGGUUGACAUAAAUUUCUUACUCCAACAACUCAAGUUUAUUAAGACCAAGAUCAAGCCAAAGGACGAAGAGAAGAUAGAUAAGGACAAAUUACUUGGAGAAAUUGAUGGGAAAUUUGAGUUACUCUACAGCCAAGUGCACGAUAUGGCAACUGAACAAGCUCAAUUUAACUCUAACUUAAAGAAAGAGCAAGAGAACUUAAAGGAGCCGAUCAAAAAUGAAAUUAGCAAAAUUCGUGAAGAGAGUAACAUUAUGAUGAGAGAAUUAGAGAGGACUCAGAAUAACAACCGUGAGAUGCUUUCAUCAAGGCUGAAUAUGAGCAUGAACUUGGAUAUUCCAAGCAAAAUGCUGACUAAGAGGAAAUUUAGGCAUUCGACUCCAAUAAAUCAUACUAGCGCUUCGAUGAAGCUCAAGAAGUUCAAUGAAUCUGUACAGAAGCGACUAGAUAACGACUUAUUUAAUUUGAAUAAGCCAAACGGUACUUUUAACAGUAAAAGAGGUAAUUCUAUUCGUUUGGCGAGUUUUGCACCAAACCUGAAAAUAGUCCAAGAUAGCUCUGAUGUAGAUAAAAGACUUCAAAAAUUGGAGAAGGAGAGAAGAAAGAUCGGCACUACCUUAAGCACUCCUAAAUACAAUAGGUUUAGGUCUUCUCAAGUCUAA